GUUCUGCACACAAAAUUAAGGAGAUCGACGACAAGAGUCGAAUUUUAUAGAACAUCAGAUGAUCGAUAUUAAAACUAGAACACGGAUCGUGUACUACGAGCCUCGCACCGGAAAAAGUUAUCUGCCACCAUGGCGUCGACAUCGCAGAGAAAUCCAUUGAGCAUCCGCCGGGCACCUGGCAAAGUCAUCAUUACUGGACCGUUUGCUGGCCCGCUGGAUAUCUCCGAGCGAGAGGUCAUCACGGGCGGAGCAGGCAUGGAUAUCCCUUUGGUUUCUGGAGAACUACCACUGAAGCAGACGGGCAACCGGGUCUGGGAAGCGACAGUGAAACUUGUGCAGCACCUUGCGUGUCUUACGCCGGUUGUAGCGGAUUGCGUUGUAGUCGACCUUGGAGCGGGCACAGGGAUUGCCGGUCUCGUUUGCCACGCCCUGGGAGCUGGAACGGUCGUGCUCACAGACCUGCAUGUAAGUGGUGCGUGUGUAGUAGUAUAGCUAUGAUGAUGCCCCCGAAAGAAUCAAGGCGAAUAGUACUUCCCAAUGCUUUUGAUUUCGGUCGCUAGGAGUAAAUUCAACAGCGAACGCAGUUCAAUAUAUCUCGUGCAACGCUCUGUUUAAAUUGGAAAUCUCUAGUUGAGCUUGCUGGAAGCAAAUGCGAGAGCCAAUUGCCGAGGAACUGCGUUGCCGCAGCGGGAAAGAGGAAAUAGGGCGGCAGGAGCAGCCGGAGAUUGCGACCUUCGUGUGCAGACGCUGGACUGGCGAGACACUGCAUCGUCUCGGGCUUUGGCCACGAGCAUUCCGAAUGGAGGCGCCUUGUGGAUUCUUGCCGCUGAAGUUCUUUACCCGCGCGAACAGCAAGACGAGUUGGUGGAGCAUUUGUUCGACACGAUUGUGACCUUGCUCGCCUAUUGGCAAGGAACUACCGCGAAGGUUUUUCUCGCUUACACAGAACGCUCGAAAAGCGUCACAAAGAAGUGGAACGCUAGGGCUGAGAACGACGGGUUUGCGGUUACAGAAGUUUCUGGGAAUAAUUUUCCGACCGGCAAUGACGAGGAACAAGCCUCAGGAGCGUUUGACGAUCUUGCUGACAACAAGGAAGGUAAGCUGUUCGAACUAAGCCUCUCAGCCAGCGGCCGGGAAGACCUGCGGCAGCGGUUAAAGCGGAAAGAGACAUGGGAGGCGGAUUUUGACGAAUCGUGGGCAGUGGUGGCACCCCUUCUAGGGCAGCUCGAUUCCAACGAGUUGCGGGACGGAGCGAGGAAAGAGGUCCUUGGAAUGCUCUCGACCGAAAAGAGAGCGAAGGACGAGGACGGAACGUUUUCCGCUCCAGCAGGGAGUGUAGGCUUCGCCCUAAUCGCCUGGCACGCCCGCUUUGUUCUCCGGCAGUUUAGGGAAUUGGUUUCGUUGUUCACUUGCAUUCCCGCACUGAAGGAAGAUUUCCUGAUUGCACGGGCGGAGGCCCAGCGUCGAAAGCUUUGCGAUAGAUUGCGGGAUCUGCGGUUGCAGUCGUCUGCUCUGGAACCGGCGGAAGGAAGCGCCGCACAUUUGGAGUUAGCUGGAAUAACGAAAACAAUUCGCCAACUUAGAGCGAUGCUGCAUGGUGUAAAAAAGGCUGUCGUGAGCGUGACCGCGACAUCGAGUGAUGUUAUGGAUGCAGACGUGGAUGUUGAUGUUGAAGCACGCAUCUAUCUAGACGGGGUACUCGUUGCUUCUUUUGCGAGUGCACAGGCUGGUCGAGAAAACGUGGGUGACAGUGUCCUGUCGCGAUCGCAACUGAUACAAGCUACCAACGAAGAGCCACCGGGCCCACCUGCAGCCGUUGAGGAAAUCGCUGCAGUCGCAGCAUAUCCUCUCACCGCGAAAAACCUGUCGCAGCUACCGCCGGCGUCGCUCGUCGAUGCCUUGAGUGCCACCUACUCGGCCGUGCAAAGUGAGAUUGCAAGGCAGUCGGACUCUCGCGACGGGAGCCUUUUGCAAAUCGCGGAAGAGUUGCUGCUCCUGAUGGACGACGAGCAUGAGGCUGGGUGCAAGGAAUGGAUCCAGAGAAUUCCGCUCUCUCCUACAAGAGAUGCCCUACUGCGCGAUUUACUCGAACCGUUACGCCUGUUUCUGAUGAACCGCAGUGCUCGAUAAUCUUUUUGCUUGCGCAGCCUGCAUAGCCAAAACGUAUUGCGCUGGGGACUGGUAGAGGUGCUGCGGCUUGAGUUUACCGUGAUGUUUUCGAGUGUAUGUGUAUGCGAACGGUCCCGCCUCCAAUAUAGAAAACGCAAAAAGAAAUGGAUCUCAAAGAAACGCAGACAAAAGAAAGCCGCUGCUGCGCCCGG